AUGUCAUCUAAGAUCAAUACACACUGCACCCAUCUGAUCCCUCCUCGGACAAUUGUGCCGGACAAAGCCGAAGACAUAGCCUGUGGGGAGGACAAUGUUAAUAAAAAAUCCGAUUGUCGUCCUGGCCCAGGGGUUCUAUUUAAUGUGAACAACAGCAAUAAUAAUGACGAUGAGAAAAAGGAAAAAAAGGAGAAAAAAGAAAAAAAGGACAAAAAGGAAAAGAAAGAGAAGAAGAAAAAGAAGAAAGAAGAGAAAGAAAAGCAGGAAAAAGAAAAAGAGAAAGAAAAGGAAAAAGAGAAAGAGAAGGAGAAAAAGGAGCCGCCCAAGGAAAUCUAUGUUAUUGACCCAGCGGGUAACACGUACUACCAUUGGCUGUUUAUCAUCACCAUGCCUGUGAUGUAUAACUGGAUCUUAAUCAUUGCCAGAGCAUGUUUUGAGGAGUUACAACGUGAAUACCUGACCUUUUGGUUCAUCGUAGACUUUGUAUCAGAUAGCAUAUACCUGGCUGACAUGGUAUUCCGGACAAGAACAGGAUAUCUGGAGCAAGGCUUGCUGGUCAAAGAUGAGCAGAAGCUGCGAGAUCGAUACAUGCAAAGUUUGCAAUUUAAAUUAGACCUGGUGUCCAUGAUACCGACUGACAUUUUUUACUUGAAGUUUGGAGUCAGCUAUCCAGAAAUCCGUCUGAACAAGCUGUUCCGAGUGAACCGCAUGUUUGAGUUCUUCCAGCGAACAGAGACAAGGACCAAUUUUCCAAACGUCUUUCGGAUCUCCAACCUUGUCAUGUACAUCGUGAUCAUCAUCCACUGGAAUGCCUGUCUCUACUUUUCCUUCUCCAAGGCCAUUGGGUUUGGAUCAGACACCUUUGUGUACCCCAACAUUUCUCACCCUGAGUUUGGCCGUCUAGUCAGAAAGUAUGCCUACAGUCUAUACUGGUCUACCCUGACCCUGACCACCAUUGGUGAAACCCCUCCUCCUGUGAAGAACUCAGAAUAUUUCUUUGUAGUCUUCGACUUCCUGGUGGGCGUGUUGAUUUUUGCUACCAUCGUUGGUAACGUCGGCUCCAUGAUUUCCAACAUGAAUGCUGCCAGAGCGGACUUCCAGGCCAGGAUAGAUGCCAUCAAGCAGUACAUGUCCUUCCGAAAGGUCACCAAGGACUUGGAGAAAAGAGUCAUCAAGUGGUUUGACUACCUGUGGACAAACAAGAAAGCGGUGGACGAGAGGGAGGUGCUCAAAUAUCUGCCAGACAAGCUGAGGGCCGAGAUUGCCAUCAACGUCCACCUGGACACUCUUAAGAAAGUACGCAUCUUCGCCGACUGCGAAGCAGGUCUGCUGGUCGAGCUGGUGCUGAAGCUUCGGCCACAGGUCUUCAGCCCGGGGGAUUACAUCUGCAAAAAGGGUGACAUCGGGAGAGAAAUGUACAUUAUCAAAGAAGGGAAGCUGGCUGUGGUAGCUGAUGACGGCAUCACACAGUUUGUGGUUCUCAGUGAUGGAAGCUACUUUGGUGAGAUCAGUAUUCUGAACAUCAAGGGUAGUAAGGCUGGCAACCGCAGAACGGCCAACAUCCGCAGUAUUGGUUACUCUGACCUCUUCUGCCUCUCCAAGGACGACCUGAUGGAGGCCCUGACGGAAUACCCAGAUGCCAAGGCCAUGCUGGAGGAAAAGGGAAGGCAAAUCCUGAUGAAAGACGGUCUGCUGGACCUGGAGAUUGCCGGGCAGGGGCCUGACCCUAAGGACAUGGAAGAGAAGGUGAUCAGGAUGACCAGCACCCUGGAGGUCCUGCAGAUUAAAUACGCCCGGCUGGUGGCUGAACAUGAGGCCACACAGAUUAGACUCAAGCAGCGCCUUGCAAAGCUGGAGAAGAAGAUAGUAGACUCUGGGGGGGUGAUCCUAUCUGAGAUGGUGGAACAAGAGGGAGAGAAGAAAUAG